AUGAUUCAAACCCAAACCCUUCUUAAAGUUGCCGAUAAUUCCGGGGCCGCUAUUGUCAAAUGCAUAGGGAUGCUCGGAAAGAAUAGAUCAGCUACAGUUGGGCGGGUCAUUAGCGUUUCGAUAAAAAAACUUGCCGAGUCCGGAAACGCUAUUACUUCCGUCAAAGGGGCCGCUGUGUCCACCUCGGGAGGAUCUCCCACUGCCCUUCUGAAGCAGGGUGAUGUAUAUAGGGCACUUGUGGUUCGGACAAAAAAACCCGUCAUGCGGCCAGAUGGCCGACGCGUCUCGUUUGGAGAUAAUGCUGCAGUGCUUCUCAAUAGAGACUUUACUCCCGUUGGCACAAGGAUAAGGGGUCCAAUUGCGGAGGAACUUAAGGCCGCUGGUGGUGGCACCGCCUGGGCUAAAAUCCUUGCCCUUGCCCAGCGCGUAAUUUAA